AUGAUUUUACAACCAGAUUUUGUUGAUGAUGAUGAAGGGUUUCAUGAUUAUAGACCUCGUGGCCCAAAAAAACAAAGAAUUCCUCCAGUGGUUCAAUUAUGUAAAGAAAUGAUGCCUGAUAUCCGUACUAUUGGUGAAUCAAUUAAGGCAUUCGAUGAUGAUAUCAAAUUCUUAAGUGAAGCAAUAAGUAAUGAAUAUGGCCAUGAAGAAUAUUUUAACGAUGCUUUAUUACAGACUUUAAAAUCUGUUAUAUUUGAACAACCACAAAAACAACCAUCGAUUGCCCUUUUAACAAUGCAUGUUCAUAAACAAAACUUAGUUGCUGGUAAAAGUAUUAUAAAUUAUUUUUUUGAUGAAUUACAAAAUUUAAUUAAUAAAUCCAUUGUUUUAAAUGAAGAUGAGGAGAUUCCAUCAGAAGAUACUGGUGUUUGGAAUAAAUCAAAAUUAAUAUUAAGAUUUUUUGCUCUAUUAAGUCCAUUACUCAUUGUAGACGAUUUAAUUAAUUUGUUUAAACAAUUUUUUGAUCUUGCAAUUGAAUUAAAUAAGUCUGAUCCAUCAAUUAGAAAUCCAUUAUCUGAAUUGAUCUAUACAAAUACUUUGAUUAAUGUUCCAUAUAUGUUUUAUUUUAAUAAAUCAAAUGAAGAAUUGAAAUCUAAAAUUGAAAAUUUAAUUAUUGAUUUAGAAAAUAAUUUCACUAUUAAUAAUAUUCAGUUAGAUUUAUUAAAUGAAUAUAAUAGCAAAAACCCUCCAUAUAAAAGGCAAUUAUUAAUUGAAUUAAUCUUACCAAAUGUCAAAAGAAUUUUAUCAAAUGAUAUGCAACAAUUAAAUGAACUAUUUAUUGAUUGGUCACAUUUAGAUCCAAAUGUUUCACCAGAUCAAGGUUUUAAUGAAACGUUAAAAUUACCAACUACCGAAGAAUUAUUACCAUUCAGUAAAUUAGAUUCUGAUUUUAUUGGAUCUGUAGAUAAGAUGUGGAAAACUCCAAGAUAUGAUUUCCAUGUUUAUUUACCAAAUUCAGUAGGCGAUUUUUCAACAAUGGUUCCAAUCAACACUUAUCCAGGUCAAUUGUUUAAUGAUAUUAUCAUUGAUAUGGUGGAGAGUAUGGAAUUUAAUAGAAAAGAAGUCGCUAGACAGGUAAUCACUUUAGAUUUGUUCUUUAAGCCAAACUUAUUUGCGCCACCAGGUGAAUCUAUUGCACAGUUAAUUGAAACUUUUGAAGAUAAUCCUUUAAUUCCAACAUUUAAAAUCGAAGAUUUAGCUAUUGAGACAAUUUUGGGACUUUUAUUUAAAUUACCAGAUUUGUCACAACCAUUUGCAUAUUUCUAUACUUUAUUGGUUGAAAUUUGUAAAAAUUCUCCAAAAGCAAUUGCACCAGUCUUCGGUAGAGCUUUUAGAUAUUUUUAUUCUAAUUUAGAUUCAUUGGACUUAGAAUUAAAAUUAAGAUAUUUAGAUUGGUUUUCAGUACAAAUGAGUAAUUUCAAUUUUUCAUGGAAAUGGAAUGAAUGGGAAAAUGAUUCAAUUAAAUUUUCAAAAACUUUUUAUAAUCCAAAAGUUUCAUUUGCAAGAAAUUUAAUUCAAAAAGAAUUAAGAUUAACAUCUAAUUCUUUGGAUAUUGAAGAUAGUUUACCAAUGGAAUUUAAACAAUAUUUGGAUACUUCAUAUAUUCCCAAAGAUCAAUUAUUAUCAUAUUAUCAAUCUUUAUUAUUCAACUAUGAUUUAAAUGAUAAUGACUUAAAAAAAAAUGAUUUGUUAUUUAGGCAAGAUUCCUUCCCAUUAUGUGAAAAUGUUCGUAAAAUUUUAGAUUAUAUUCAUAAAGCUAUUAACCAAAAAGAAGUUACUGAAUUAGAAACUUUAUUAGAAGAAUUAAAAUCUGAUAAUUUAAUUGUUGAUUAUAAUAAAUUCAUUAUUAUUUUGUUAAUCCAAUCUGUUGUUCAUUCUGGUAGUAGAUCUCUAUCUCAUGCUAAUAAGUAUAUUAAUGAUAUAAAAGAUGACUUACAGCAUAUUUUUAAUAAAAUUGAAUUAGACCAAGAAUAUAAAGAACAAAUUAUUGUGGAAGCUAUUUUAAGAUUUUGGAAUACUAAUUCUCAAACUGGGUUUUUAGUUGCAGAUGCCUUUAAACAUGCUGGCUUAAUUUCUGCCAAAUCCAUUAUUAAAUUCACUUUUACAGAGUUUAAUAACAAAAAUUAUUCAUUGUCAGAUGAUACUGCAAUGAAUGCAAUCUUUAGAAAUCUGUCACAAAGAGUAAUUGGUGAAGUUGAUUCGGGAAGUGAUUUUGAAUAUACUUUUGAACAAUUAUGCAUCAUUCUUAAUAAGACAGUAGUUGAAUUGGGCGUAAAUUUAGAUCAAGAAAUCGAUGAUCCAAUUAUUUUAGAAGAUACUGAUCUAGAAAAUGAUUUACCAAGAUUUGAUUUGAUUUGGAAAUAUAAAACUGCUUUAAGCUUUAUUAAAAGUUUAUUAAGAAAAUACUCUACCGAAUAUAAGUUAUUAACAGAGAAAUUCAUGUCAGGGAUGGAUAAUGCUAUUACUCAUGAACCAACCAAGCAGCAAAUUAUAAAUUGGUUGAAUGAGCUUUCUCAAAUCUGA